AUGCAGGCGGGAGCGGGGCCGAGAGUCGGUCUGGGCACCACUGCGCAGGCGCGCUUGGGCAGGCGUCAGAGUAUCUCACUCGCCCCUGUGCGUCUCUCCCCCCAGAUCCGGGAGACCCGGCGCUCGGUACGCGACUCGGAGAGCGGUAUGGAGAAGGUGGCGAUCGGCCACCACAUCGGGGACCGAGCCCACAUCAUGGAGCGGUCCCGGAACCGCCGGACGGGAGACCAGGAGCAGCGGCAGGACUUCAUCAACCUCGAAGAAGCCGAGGCGGAGGCCUUUGACGAGGAGUGGCGCCGGGAGACCUCGCGGUUCGGGGGCGCCCGGGGCAUCGGCUACCGGCGGGGCCCCCCCUCCGAGGCCCCGAGACCUGCCCUCACCUACACCGAGCCCUCGGGCCCCGCUCACCACACCCCUCGCUACGACUGGUGAGGGGGCGUCGCCCCGGGGAGCGCGAGGGAUCCUGGUGCGCACUGGCUCUACCCACCCCCCCCCCCCCGGCUCCCUCCCAUCCCCGUCCUGUGUACAGACUUACUGGGACUCUCCUCUGCUCCAACCCUCCCCCCAGCUCGGCCCACCGUGAGGACAGUCGGCGACAAUGAGGGGCCCCUCCCGGCCUGUCCACGCCCACCCCCCCCUCCCGCGGGGCCACAAGACCACCGGCCGGCGGGGGAGAGACGGUGAAAGUGUCUCGCCUGGGAGGGAGUUGGUCAUCUUCCUCCCUGGACGUAGAUAUCUCUAUCUCCAUCAUCUCUAUCUCUAUCAUCUCUAUCUCCGUCAUCUCUAUCUCUAUCAUCUCUAUCUCCGUCAUCUCUAUCUCCAUCAUCUCUAUCUGUAUCAUCUCUAUCUCUGUCAUCUCUAUCUCUAUCAUCUCUAUCUCUGUCAUCUCUAUCUCUAUCAUCUCUAUCUCUAUCAUCUCUAUCUCUGUCAUCUCUAUCUCUAUCAUCUCUAUCUCCAUCAUCUCUAUCUCCAUCAUCUCUAUCUCCAUCAUCUCUAUCUCUAUCAUCUCUAUCUCUGUCAUCUCUAUCUCUAUCUCUCUCCCCUAUAUCUCAUUCUCUCUCUCUUCCUCUCUCCCUCCCGUUAUCUCUCUCUCUUCCUCUCUCCCUCCUGUUAUCUCUGACUCUCCCGUUACCUCUCUCCCUCCCUCCCGUUACCUCUCUCUGUCCCUCUUGCUCCCUCUCGAACACACAACACAGCCGCACUACAGCGCGACGACAGGCCACGUCGGCCCACAAGGCUGUCCCAGCUGAAAUCAAAUCUAAAGCACCCCAAGUGCCCAUCCCUCCCGCCCGACCCCGUGUCCAUAUCCCUCCCGUCUCCCUCGCAUCCCUGUGCUCUAUCCCGACGUCUCUAUCAGAGCCCCCAACGUGUUUGCCUCUCCCGCCACUCUCUGGGUAUAAAAAAAAACUUGCCCCUCACGUCCCCCCCACCCUCUCACCUUCAAUGCACGCCCUCUGGUGUCAGACCGUUUCAGCUCUCUGUCUCACACAAUCUCGCGAACCCUCUGUCAGAUCUCCCCUCGGCCUCCGGCUGUCCCGGAGAAAACAGCCCCCAGUUUACCCGGCCUCUGGUGGGAGCACACAAGCCCCAGGCAGCGUCCCGUUGAGCCCCUCCUGUCCCCCUCUGCGAAGCCCCGACGUUUUUCCUGCAGUGAGGGAGGCCAGAACAGUGUGCGAUUCUCCAGAUGGGCCCCAACCAGAGUUUGAUAAAGUUGCGACACCACCCCCCCUGACUUUCGAACUCGACUAACGAAAGUAUACAUAGUGUCGGGCUUCUCAACCACCGUCUCGGCCUGCGUCUGGACUUUCAAGGAGCCGUGAGCUUGGACCCCGAGGUCGCUCUGCUGGGCAACACCGUCCGGGACCUUGCGCUGUGCCCCUCUGCCGGUCUUGGUGUCGUCCGCCGAGAUUUCCCAACCCCAGCACGAGAUCCCCCCCCCCCGCGGAGCUCCGCUCCAUACAGCCGCCCCCCUCAGCCCGAGCGAGUCCUCUCAGCCACCGCCCUCUUGUCCUUCCAGCUCCGAAUCCAGGCAGCCCCGUCACCGCGGCUGAUCUUCCGGAUCGGGACCCGGCGGGGUGUGGGGGGGGGACUUCUGUCGAGCACCUCCCUGAAACCCAAGUCGGGCAACGUCCGCUGCCCCCGCCCUCACCAAUCUCCCUCGUCGCCCUGUCCGGGAGGGAAAACCACUCGGGUCAAGUUGGCAAAGACGUGACCUGACCUGCCAAGUACAGGGCGAUAAGGCCACGGCUUGCAAAUGCUCGUGCAGCAUCUCCCGGUGAAUUUUUCCCCCCAGGCGUUUCCAGACGACGGGCGGGCGACUCACCGGGAUUUUCCCUUACCCCCCCCCUCCUUCUUAAACAGAGGUACAACGUCAGACGCCCUCCAGGCCGUACGGGACCUCGCCCGAGGACUCGAAGGCCCCCGCAAUCUCGCCUCGUGACUCCCUCGCGAGCCAACACCAGGUCCCGAUCGGACCGUCCGUAUGUUCCAUUUUGAGAAACCUUCCUGGGUGCACCGAACAAAUUCCGCCCCGUCUCACAGUAAGACGCCCGGGGGAUUGAGAUCCCCCCCCGUGGCCAACAGCCCGAUUGUUUUCAUGCAUUUCUUUAAUCUGAUUCCUAUUCGGGGAGGGGGGGUCUGCAGUACGAUCCCAUCAGCUCCCUUCCUAUUCCCGGAAAUGGGCUCGGUGUCUGACCCCUCCAUUCUGUUUCCCCUGAGUGCGGCUGUGAUAUUGUCCCUGAUUACUCGUGCAACUCCACGCCCACCCCAAACGUCCUUCCCUAACUUCUCUAAAGCUCCGAAAUCCGGGUGCAUUAGUCACUCGUGCGUGCCCCUCUAUCGACCGAGAUUCAAUAACGGCCACGACAUCGUAGCCUCGCGGGCCGAUCCACGCUCUGAGCUCGUCACCUUCGCCCGUAAUGCUCCCAGCGUUAAACUAUAUACACGCUUCAAACGACCCAGUCCGUCAUCCCUUUUAUUUCGAUUUUGCCUUGUGCUACUUUCCCUGACUUCUACCUUCCUCUUGUCCCUCUCUCGCUCUGUCUCUCUCUCUGAACUUCUCUCUGUCUGAACCCCUCUGACCAUCUCUCUCUCUCGCCAUCUCUUUCUCCUAUCUCUCUCUCACCAUCUCUCCCGCACUGCGUCACCUCUCUUGUGCGCCCCGACCCGAUCUAAAUUAUUUGUUGAUGUGCCUCUUUCUUUCCUCCCUGCGAAAUAAACGAUGUUCCCUGUGUACCGA